UAGACACCACUGUUUUUCAAUCGAAACGACAACUAAAGUUACCAAAUUACAUAACAAACGUUUCAAUUGUCGUAAAGGCCUUUUCUUACGACUAAUUUCUUUCAAGUGAAAGAGUCGAUCGUGGGUUGCUCAAAGUUAAGGUUAUCCGUGAAAAAAAUUUUAUAGGCAUUACAGGUACACAAGUUCGUAUGAAAGGAGGCAGACAACAAGUGACAAAAAACAUGAGAUUAACGUUAAUAGUUUUUCUCGUGAUGAACAGUUUUUUAUUAGAUCACGCCAAGCCAGGGUCAUACUUCGAUUACUCUCAGCCAGGUCAGGAUCGCUGGGUCAGAAAUUACCCGCUAUGCGCAGGGGGCUUACAAUCACCGAUACCAAUAGCUGCGAGUCGGUCUGUAGCCUUGCCACUUCCAGCUCUGGAGAUGAUUGGUUACCAUGAUUAUCUACAACCCCCAUUUACACUGAGGAAUAAUGGACACACGGUCGUAUUAAAAAUUAAGGAUGAAUCGAUAAGAAAACGUACACCGUACAUUUUUGGUGUUUUACUGAAGGAAAAUGACAAGUUCGAGCUGGAGAGUUUGCAUUUUCACUGGGGCCUGAAAAACGGCAGAGGUUCGGAACACGUGUUACAUGGGACAAGGAGGGUGAACAUAAGUUUUUUUUUAAAUUUUCUCACAACAGCCAAACUUAAGUUUCUGGAAGAAGAGGAAAAUCGCCACUUGUCGUUCCUCAUACCCCAUCUAAAAGAAGUCCAAAAUGUGAACAGCGAGUCUAGGCUCAACAACUCAAUCGAGCUAUCGACAUUGCUCCCCGUGGAUGUAGAUACCUAUUACACAUACAAAGGCUCAUUGACAACCCCACCUUGUAACGAAGUUGUCACCUGGACUGUAUUUGCCGCUACUGUACCUGUCUCUUUCAAACAAAUGAACAAGUUUCGAUUGUUGUCGGACGGUAAGGGAAUACUAGCCGACAAUUUUAGGUACCUUCAGAAUGUACAAAAUCGCAAGAUUUACGUGCGAAGACCGAACGCUACUUUGAUGGGUAAGAAUGAGAUUAUCGACUUUGAUCCGUCAAAUUUGAAGUGGCACUGGACGUAA